UUUAUUUUCUAGAUCUUUCUGUUGAGGAAUUUUCUUCCUUGCUUGCUGAAGACCAGAUUCUGCUCUUGUCUCUUGGGAUUUUUUUUUUUUUAAGCCCUGCUGAAUUCGCUACUAAAUUCUGAAUGUGGAGAACAAGAAGUGAACCCGCUGAGGGAGGCAGAAAGUGGAGUUAUCGAAAGUAAAAGAAAACUUCUUCCUGGAGGUGUUUCUGUCCCCACCCUCCUUCAAGGGACUUCUCUCUGGUUGGGUGGACAGGACUUAAGAGUCUGGGUGAAAUUGGGCAGUUCAGGGGUCUUGGCCCCGGGCACUCUGUGAUGUCGCUGGGACAGGGUGGAGCAGCAUCAUAUGGGAUUCGUACUACCUCAUGAGGCGGUCCUGAGGAUUUAAUGAGAUAAUAUACGUUAACCACUUGCAACAGUGACUGGCGCUGCUAAAUUCUCAACUUGAUGGGCAGAAUGAAGUGGGAGUGAAGGGCAUCGAUAGUACUUUACCUGGCCCUCUACAGGUGAAGAGGCACUUCCAGACACCUCCUUUAAUGCUCUCAGCUCUAGUCGCUUCAGGAGAAAACAGGCCUGUGAAGAAGCUGCUGCCACUGUGAGGGUCCCAGGAUUGGCUUCUUUGUAUUUUAAUUUUCAGGUUUGAGGCUUUGAUCCAUCUGCAGCUUAUUUUAAUGUGAAGAAUUCAGUUAUGAUCCAUUUCAGUUUGUUCUAGAAGUCUGCCUAAUUGUUCUAACAGCACAUGUGGAAAAAGCCACCUCAAUGUCGAUAGCCCUUUUUGUAGGCUACGACGACACUCUCCUGAUACUUGACCAACAUGAAUUUCAGCAAAUGCCUCUAUAAUAUUGGAGAGCAGCUGGACAGUGAUGAGCUGGCCUCCCUCAAAUUCCUUAGCAUGGACUACAUCCCACAGAAAAAGCAGGAACCCAUCAAGGAUCCCUUGAUGUUAUUCCAGAGACUCCAGGAAAAGAGAAUGUUGGAGGAAAGCAACCUGUCCUUCUUGAAGGAGCUGCUUUUCCGAAUCAAUAGACUGGAUCUGCUGGUCACCUACCUGGACACCAGCAAAGAGGAGAUGGAGCAGGAACUUCAGAUACCAGGCAGAGCCCAGAUCUCUGCCUACAGGGUCAUGCUUUUUCAGAUUUCAGAAGAUGUAAGCAAAUUGGAAUUGAGGUCCUUUAAGUUUCUUUUGAGCCAGGAGAUCUCCAGAUGUAAACUGCAUGAUGAUUUGAACUUGCUUGAUAUUUUCAUAGAGAUGGAGAAGAGGGUCAUCCUCGGGGAAAGAAAUUUGGACACCCUGAAAAGAAUCUGUGACCAAAUUAACAAGAGCCUGCUGAAGAAAAUCACGGAUUAUGAAGAAUUAAGCAGAGAGCAAACAAUGAGCCCUCAAAGAAGUCUAGAUGAAGUUUCAAAUGAUAUGUCUCAGUUGCUUGUAGGGGAGGAAUCCCUGAGGGUACUGCCAAUGUCGGACUCUCCAGGAGAACAGGACUAUGAAUCAGAGGCAUCGGAGAAAGUUUACCGAAUGGAAAGCAAACCUCGAGGAUAUUGUGUGAUCUUUAACAAUUAUGACUUUAGCAUAGCACGGAAGGAAGUACCCAAACUUCAGAACAUUAAGGAUAGGAAUGGAACAGACUUGGAUGCAGAUGCUUUGUGUCAGACCUUUAGUGAGCUUCAUUUUGAGAUCGUGCCUUUCAGAGACUCUACAGCCAUGAAAAUCUGUGAGGUUCUGAAAUCCUACCAAAGCAUGGACCACACUAGCAGGGAUUGCUUUAUCUGCUGUGUCCUCUCCCAUGGAGACAAGGGCAUCAUCUAUGGCUCUGAUGGGCGGGAAGUCCCCAUCUAUGAGCUGACCUCUUACUUCACUGGCUCAAAGUGCCCUUCCCUUGCAGGCAAGCCCAAAAUCUUUUUUAUUCAGGCUUGUCAAGGGGAUAACUACCAGAAAGGUAUAGCUGUUGAGACUGACUCCGAACAGAAGGAAGCCUAUUUAGAAAUGGACUCGUCACGGCAGAAGAGAUAUAUCCCAGAAGAUGCUGACUUUCUGCUGGGGAUGGCCACUGUGAACAAUUGUGUUUCCUACCGAAACCCCAUGGAGGGGACCUGGUAUAUCCAGUCACUUUGCCAGAGCCUAAGAGAAAGAUGUCCUAGGGGUGAAGAUAUUCUCACCAUCCUUACCGAGGUGAACUUUGAAGUGAGCAAUAAGGAUGACAGAAAAAACAUGGGGAAGCAAAUGCCACAACCUACUUUCACACUGAGGAAAAAACUCUUCUUCCCUCCUAAUUGAUGCUACUCUUUAGCUGUAUAACACUAUGCUUAAUUUAUUUGUUAGCAGAAUGCUGCUAUUUGCCUUUUUUUUUUUUUUUUUUCUUUUGGAUGGCAGGAAGGGGAGAGAAUCGGAGUCAGGACAAACUAAUUCCUGUGCAAAUUUAAGCCUAAAUCUCUGGCUUUGCAGUAAUAGCUAGAGAUUUAUAGCCCUAGGUAGGAUUUUAAUUUUAUUUUUGAUUCGAUGAAAAAGUUUUUAAAACACUGAGAGUAGAUAAGAAAAUAUAGAAAGUUUAAAAGAAAUGUAACAUCAUAAAUUUAGGUUCAAAAACGGUGUCAGAAUGAAUGUUCUUUGCACAUCUCUCAUCUGCUUCCAGCCUGGAAUAAUUUGAUUCCCUUCAAAUUGUUAAGUAUUUAAAAAAAAGUUAAGGAUAUCAUGCGAAGGCUUUAACCUGGAACACAGAGUUAAUGGUAGUGCAGAGAUUUUUUUUUUUUUAAAGAUUUUAUUUAUUUAUUUGAGACAGAGAGAAUGAGAGAGAGAGAGCACAUGAGAGGGGGGAGGGUCAGAGGGAGAAGCAGGCUCCCUGCCAAGCAGGGAGCCCGAUGCGGGACUCGAUCCCGGGACUCCAGGAUCAUGACCUGAGCCGAAAGCAGUCGCUUAACCAACUGAGCCACCCAGGUGCCCCCAGUAGUGCAGAGAUUUUAUAAGGCAUAAGGAGAUGGGGAAUGAGGAAAGCAGUUUCCCACUUGAGGCCUCAGAAUAAGUGAAUGUUGUUCAAGUACUGGGAGACAAAGUCAAGAAAACCAUAAUCCUUCUCCUUUCUGUGAAAGGGCUGAUUCCUCAUUCCUGGUUCUUAUGAGAAUUUGUCAUAUUUACAUUCCAACUAACUGGAUGUGCUUCUAUGGAGCAGAAUGUGAGGUAAAAUUGUUAAAAGGUACUGUUGGGACUUUUUUUUUCCUUAAGUAAGCUCUAUCCACUACCUCCCCCCCGCCCCCCGCUGACCCCCACUACACGACAUGGGGCUUGAACUCACAACACCAACGUCAAGAGUCACACGCUCUAUGAACUGAGUCAGCCAGGCACCCCUAAAAGGUAUUGUUAAAAAGGAGAGAGGGGUACCUGGGUGGCUCAGUCGUUAAGCAUCUGCCUUCGGCUCAGGUCAUAAUCCCAGGGUCCUGGAAUUGAGCCCCGCAUCGGGCUCCCUGCUCAGUGGGAAGCCUGCUUCUCCCUCUCCCACUCCCCCUGCUUGUGUUCCCUCUCUCACUGUAUCUCUCUCUGUCAAAUAAGUAAAAUCUUAAAAAAAAAGAAAAAAAAGACAGCAGCGGCACCUGGGUGGCUCAGUCUUUAAGCGUCUGCCUUUGGCUCCAGUGUCUGUCAUGAUCUCAGGGUCCUGGGCUCGAGCCCUGCAUCAGGCAUCCUGCUCAGCCGGGAGCCUGCUUCUCCCUCUGCCCUUCACCCCACUUGUGUUCUCUCUCUCUCUUUCUGCCAAAAUCUUUAAAAAAAGAGAGAGAGAGAGAGAGAGAGACAGCAGCCCCAAAUAGAGUCACUUGUGCUAAACCCCAUGUCAGCAAACCAAGACUUAAUACCUAACCAAAAUGCAGUUUUAAUUCCCCGGGAAUGUAAUCUUUAAGCAGGCAACAUGGAAUUACCUGGUCAGCACUGGUGAAAUAAUCUGCCUGAUAAACUCCUUCCAUUCCCCUUAGGAAAGUGACCUAAUGCAAUUUGAUCCAAUCUGAUCUUUAAAUUUACUCAGUUGAAUUUCUGUUGUUUAACGGUUUGCAGGGGGAUGCCAGUGACCCUCUCUCAAAGGUCACUGAGGGAGAUUUUUGUGAUCUGACCUAGCUAAAAAAAACCUCAUGUGUAAUGCUCCUACAUCCAACCUGAUCUCUUCUGAUGUGUGUGACAGGCAAUCCCAGAAACACCUGAGCCUCCUCUCCUGAGCUACGAGGAGACCUUGUUUCAGUGGUAAAAGACACCCUAACUCUGUUUAGAUUUAGAUUUCACAAAACCCAGGAAUUAGUUUCCUUGUUCUUAUUAUUUAUAAGUACCAUUAAAUCCAUAUUUGAAAAGACUGAUGUUAAUAACACAUUAACAUCUUUUUGUAGUUCCAGUCUCUCCCUUUCCAAGCCAUCCUCUACACUAAUUUGUAAGUUUUUUUAAAAAAAUAUAAGUUUGAAGCUGUUAUUUCUUAUGUUAAAAUCUUUUAACAGCCUUUUCUCUUAUUUGCUUCUAUAUAAUCAAUACCUCAUUUGCUUUUUUGCUAGUGAUACUGUACUCCAUUCAUGCAGUUGCAUUUUGUUUCUUUAUGUAUUUAGUUCAUUCUAAAUCUGCAUGAAUGUCUUUUUUUAAAGCUUUUUUUAAAAGAAUAUUUUUUCAAUAAUAUAUAUUUUUAAUAAUAUUUUUAAUAGAAAAUAGAAUUUUAACUUAUGUUGUUUGGAGAUUGUUUUUAUUAGUUUUGUUUUUGUUUUUUUUACCAUUAGCAUCUCCCAAUGUUGGCUCAUGCAGUUAAUUUUUUUUUUUUUUAAGAUUUUAUUUAUUUAUUUGAGAGAGAGAGAAUGAGAGACAGAGAGCAUGAGAGGGAGGAAGGUCAGAGGGAGAAGCAGACUCCCUGCCGAGCAGGGAGCCCGAUGCGGGACUCGAUCCCAGGACUCCAGGAUCAUGACCUGAGCCGAAGGCAGUCACUUAACCAACUGAGCCACCCAGGCGCCUGUCAUGCAGUUAAUUUUUAAGAAAAUUUUUUGCCCAUAUUUAAGAUUGGGACAUAGGUAGGAUUUUAAUUUUAUUUUUGAUUCAAUGAAAAAGUUUUUUAAAAACUUAGAGUAGAUAAGAAAAUAUAGAAAGUUUAAAAGAAAUGUAACAUCAUAAAUUUAGUACUGGGGUACCUGGGUGGCUCAGUCGUUAAGGGUCUGCCUUCGGCUCAGGUCAUGGUCCCAGGGUCCUGGGAUCCAGCCCUGCGUCACAUCUCUGCUCCGCGGGAAUCCUGCUUCUCCCUCUCCCACUCCCCCCUGCUUGUGUUCCCUCUCUUGCUGUGUCUCGCUCUGUCAAAUAAAGAAAAUCUUUAAAAAAAAAAAACCCACAGUACUUUCUUUUGAAAAAUCAGAAUAUCUGACCACAUUGAUCCCAUGCUCUUGUGUGGAAUGGGUCCACCCCACUCAAUCCCCUACAUUUAGGCUGAUGCCAAUGACCAUUUAUCACCGUGCUUGUUUGUGUGGUUAUUUUUCCUUAUGUCCAGGCCACUUCACUUACUUAUAUUGCCUGCACUGUGGGGAUUUGAAUUCUGGUGAUUAUUUAGAGAAGGUGGCAAGAAUCAUCAGAAACUUUCCCCAAAUCAUAGUUACAGGGAAGAUGAUUGAGAAGUGGAGCAG